GUUGCAACCUAUCAUGGACAGGUAAAAAUCCCCAACAGGUAAAAAAAAAGUCUCGAUAACGUCAUGAAAGUGAAAGCUUUAAUGUACCUGUGGAGUUGAUCAAAGGAGUAGCCGACCAAAGGACGUGAUCUCCAGGGAGGUUGGAUACUAGGCGCCGACGUGAUGUCAGAAAUGGGUGAGUCUGGCGAGGAGGGGGUGACUGAAACCCAGGGCCUGGAGGAGGACGGAGAGUCCAGGCUAAGGUCAGCCAAGGAGCGGAAUGAGGGGGUCAGAACCGACGGCCAUGAGAAGGAGAAGAAACUGGGGAUGCUUAAGUCGUUCAGAGAGAGCUUCAAACGAACACCAGAGAGGAAUCCUUUGUCACCUAACUUUAAAGGGCCAAAGGACCAUCUGAAUACUGAAAUGGGAAUGCAGAACAUUGACCCUGAAAUCACCUCUCCAACACAGGUCCAGCCACCCCCUUCUCCAAGUUCUAAUGCUGAUUCUCCUCUCACCUCUCCCCGGAAGACUCUUGGUGGGUUCUUCCCAAGGAAAGAAGGUGACAAUUCAGAGAGCUCCUCCCCCACGCAGAAAAGAAUUGGACACUCCAGGACACGCUCAGAUCCCAGCUUUGCCUUUACGGAGUCUGUUCUAAAGAAGGGCGCUUCCAUAAGACGGAGCUUGCGGCUUAAUAAGAAGGACAAAACCGCCAAAGUGGAGCAGCUCCAACCUGUCUCCGAGGCCCCCGCGGCUGAGAAGAAGGAAGUGGAGGUGGAGAAGGGAGAGAGAGGCAUUAGAGAAUCAUACACCCUCCCUGAAAUCCCCUCCACACCCCUUUCAGUGAUGCAGAUCAACAAGCUGAUCGAGACAGAGAAGCUGGCGGAGGCCCACCUCAACCUGCUCUCCCUGCGGCUGGAGUUCCAGCAGGAGAAGGAGCAGUGUUCGGCCGAGGCCUCCCCUCUGGAGCUGGCCAAGAAGGAGAAGGACCUGAGCCUGCUGUACGGAGCCAUGCUGGACAAGGUGAAGAGCAUCGCACGCAACUCCAACUCCCUCCCGUCCCGUUAUAAGGAGCUUCUGGUCGACGUGGCCCGUAUCAUCCAGGAGGAGGAGAGGAGGGAGGGGGAUCCCGGGGGCCUUGUGGGUCCGGGGGGCUGGAGGGGGGCCUGGAGGGAGGCUGUGAGUGAGGGGGUGCAGGCCAAGGUGGAUAGCGUCCAACUGGACGGAAGGGAUCAGAAUGCCUCCUGGUUGGCUGUCCACUUGGGGUUACUGGGCGAGGCCAUAGUGGUGGACCUGGAGAACGUGAAAAGGGACCUCCAGGGUUCGUACCCACCCAGCUUCCAUGUGUUCAGCACCUACGUGAGCUGUUACCACGCCACUGUGGGCCAACACUUGAAGAAGCUCCUACAGCAGGUGACGGACCUGAAGGACUACUACGCCCUGCUGGACUGGAUCAUCCAUCGCUACGAGAGUGAGAGGAUCAUGGGAAGCCUGUCUCUGUGCCCAGAGAUGGAAGCAGAAGACACAGCCCUCUGCCUGGAAGAAGACUUCCUGGAACAACUGAAGAGGAAAUACUGCAGGAGAGUUCAGGAGGACAUGAAAGAUUCUCUGGGCAGGAUUCUGACAAUUGAAGACCAGGAAAUGUGGAAAAACAGGAAGGCUCCAGAGAGCGAUGAAGACAGCUUCCUCUACUCUCAUUUUCAUAUGGACAUCUGGACGAAAAUACAGAGCAAUGCUGUGAACACCAAGAAGAUUGAUGUCCAUUUGGAAAAAAGAGUUUUGUGUGCCUGCUUGGAGGAGUUAAAACAGUUCCCUAAACGAUUUGAAUUCCAGUUUGAACCGGUUUUUAACAGUCUGAGAGGGACCACAUUGGGUGUGGAUUAUCAGAUAACCUACAUCAACACUUUUGUUGCUCUAAAGGAGCACAUGGACAGCUACAAAGACAGCUGCCCCACACAAGUCGAUCUUUUCAGCAGAGAAGCAGAUGGCUUGGUCCAAAGACUUGUGCUGGGUCUAGAGAACCAGUUCAAGAACGAGACAAAGCCUUUCCUGAGGAGGAUGAUGACCAGAAAGUGGCUCACUGCAGACGAGGAUUUCCAGCAACUCUACAGUCGGACGGAAAAACUGUUCCAGCAAUGUGUUCAAAUGAGAUCUCCACAUGUUCAGACGUUGGUGAGCAACUUGCACUACCAUUUGGUGAAGGAAUAUGUGUCGCAACUGAUGAAAAACAACUACUCGUGCAAAAACAGGAAGCACGAAAGAGCGUCAAAAAAGAUGCGGGGGCAGUGGUCUAAGAUCAGAGAGUUGUUCCAAGACAUGAAGACAGACCAUGAAUGGCUUCAUCCGAUAGGGGACCAUCUGUGUGACAUCAUCGGGCAGAAAAACAAGAGGGACAUCAAAAACCACGUGCAGCCUCUGGUGAAAGACUAUCCAGACAUCAGGAGGAGUCACCUGGCCGCAGUGCUGUACUUCAGGGGAGUGAUGCGGGGCAGAGAGAAGCAGGCCAUCCUGCAGCGCCUCACCCAGCUGACGACGGCUCGGGGCGGCACCGGACAUCAGAAUCACUCCCUCUUCGCUCACAUAGAGGUCCCAAUGAACGCUGACUGUCUGGCUGACAUGCCCUUCUCCUGUCUCUCCUUCCUCCUGCCUGACAGUUGAGCGACACACCAGCACACGGGAAGGCCUGGUUCACCUGGAGGCCUGGCUCUGUGGGGUGUGAUGACUGCUUCAGGAAGGCCCAGUCUCCCUGGCAGGCUCUGUGGGCGGUGAGAACAGUCAGUAAAGCAGUGUAGGGCUGUUUUGGCAGCACCUUUGUCACUGGUCACCCAGACACUCGUCUGGGACAGUUGUUGAUUUGCAUGAAUGCUAAAAUGACAAUCACACCUUAAUGACACACAUCUGGAGAAGUGAUCUUAACAGUUGAAGAGGAAGGUGGACAGAGAAAGACUCUGAA